AUGACAAAAUUCGAGACUUACAAAGAGACAUUUAUGUCAAAAAUUAACGAGCCUAACUCACAGCGUCGAAUGGUUCUUUUUGUUGUCUGCAUAGCAUUACUACUGGAUAAUAUGUUAUACAUGGUUAUCGUACCCAUUAUUCCCGAUUAUCUUCAAAAUUUACGUGCGAUGGAUACGAAACAAAUUUACUGGACGAACGGCACACAUACAGAAAGAUUAAAAGAUAACAAUUUUGUAUUUAACAAUUCACAGGGUCAGUAUAGACUAAAAUGGCUUGUGCACCAGUCAGAAGCUAAGAUUGGCACACUGUUCGCAUUCAAAGCUAUUAUACAGCUAUUAUGUAAUCCUAUAUCAGGGACUGUUAUCGAUCGAAUCGGCUACGACGUUCCAAUGAUGUUUGGUUUAUGCAUUAUUUUCCUGUCAACGUCUGUGUUCGCAUUUGGAAGUUCCUACGGAUUAAUGUUUAUCGCUAGAGGACUUCAAGGCAUGGGUUCGGCGUUUGCAGAUACAGCUGGUUUGGCAAUGAUAGCUGAUCGAUAUACGAAUGAAUAUGAACGUACAAAGGCAUUAGGAAUAGCAUUAGCAUUUAUAUCCUUUGGUUCGUUAGUAGCACCCCCGUUCGGUGGAAUAGUUUAUCAAUAUUUCGGAAAAGAACUGCCAUUUAUUACACUUGCAUUUAUAGCUCUUUUGAUGGUUGUUUGUUGCUGA